UCAGUGUGAGUGUGGUGCUGUCGUAGGAACAACGUGCGAUACGCGACACGCGUUUUAGUGAUUGUUUGCGCGUUGCUGUAUAAUGAUAUCUAAACAGACAUAGUUGCAAUAGCUACUCAUAGUCGUUCUUUCGGUGAUUUCAUUAAUAAAUAAUCUGUGUUUAAAGUUAAUAACAAUGACUCCCACACAAGAGGACGGGCUCGAGCCGCCACACAUCGUGGUGCUGGACGGCGGGUUCUCCACGCAGCUCUCGUGUCACGUCGGCCACGUCAUCGACGGCGACCCCCUGUGGAGUGCGCGCUUCCUACACACUCACCCCAACGAGGUCGUCAACACACAUCUGGACUUCCUUAGAGCUGGCGCUCAUCUAAUCAUCACAAACACGUACCAGGCGUCGGUGGGCGGGUUCGUGGAGCACCUGGACAUGACCCCCGAACAAAGUUAUGAUCUCAUCAUGCGAGCGGUGGACCUGGCCAAGCAAGCGAGGACCUUAUACCUUGAGGAAUACGAGGAUUACAUACAAAAUGAUCUCAUCCCAUUAGUGGUGGGGGCGGUGGGACCAUAUGGCGCCCAUCUACACGACGGGUCGGAGUAUGAUGGCAGCUACGCGGAUACCACAUCUGUUCAGACAAUGCGUGAAUGGCAUCGACCACGUAUCCAGGCCCUAGUGGAAGCUGGAGUAGAUUUAUUAGCCCUGGAGACUAUACCUUGUCAAGAGGAAGCAGAGAUGCUGUGCGACCUGUUAAGGGAAUAUCCUAAUAUUAAGGCGUGGCUGUCAUUUAGUUGUAAGGAUAACCAAAGUAUAGCACACGGUGAAUGUUUUCAAAAAGUGGCCAAGAAAUGUUGGGAAGCCAAUCCAGAGCAACUCGUGGCUGUCGGAGUAAACUGCUGCGCGCCGUCCUCCGUGUCCAAUCUGUUGAAAGGGAUCAACGAUGACCGCCCACACGCACCUAUUCCUCUCAUUGUUUAUCCGAGCUCGGGGGAGAAGUACAACCCUCAAAUUGGAUGGAUAGACCGCGACAAAUGCGAGCCGGUGGAAGUAUUCAUCCAAGAGUGGCUGGACCUUGGCGUCCGAUACGUGGGCGGGUGUUGUCGCACGUACGCCGCCGACGUAUCGCGGAUACGCAACCAGGUGCACUGCUGGCGCGACCGCUGGCGCUUCCAGCAUCGUUACCAGGCGAAUACGUCACCGCAAAAUUAAUUAACGUUGACCAUAGAUAUGUAGACGCUGGCGACCACAGACUAUAAGCGGAAUACCAAAACUUAUCCAUAAUUCAUCAACCUCAGUUAUUUAUAAGCGACGAAGGUUUUUUACAGGGUUAUUAUUAUGGCGCAAAACAUACCUAUCUAUCAACGGGGAAUGCCAUAUAUUGCGCCUAAUAUAUUUAUAACGCUUUUAUUUUGAAACUAUUAUAUAACUGUAUCUAAUAAUAAACCAUUCAGUUUUGGACAUAAAAUUAUUUAUUAAUCGAAUUAUAUACUGAAUUUUAUUAAACAGUCCACGAUUGUUUUAUGGUAAAUUUUAGCGACUAUUGUAUUUACCAAUAGUUUGACUAGAUUUUCAUUGUGAAAUUUGAAUAAAAAUGAGUUUUUAAUAAUUGUACCUACCUGUUUAUAAAGUACCUACCUAUAAUAAAACGCAUAUUGAUACAAAAUUGUUAAAUAAGUUUUAAAAGCAACUAAGACCCAAGUAAUAAUUUGUUUUCUUUGAAAUGUAUAAAAUAUGAAUUUAGUAAAUUGUUAUAAUAUUAAUAUAUUGCGAUACUAAAAUAGUUUUAAUGCUUACGUGAAAGUUUAUGCUAAAGAUAAAUGAUAAUUUUCCUACCUUACCAUUGAUUGAUAAUAUCUUGAUCUAUUUUUAAUUAUUAAUGUAAAACAGAACUGAUUUGUAUAUAGAAUUUUGUUAAUAUUUACUGAUUAAUAAAUCUGUACACAUAAAAUAA